CACGAGCCCAGGAAUAAUACUCAGAAUAACUAUGGAGACCUUAAUCAAAUUCCCAAAGUCCACUUUGACUGAGAACCGAGCUCGGUAUCGAAAUCAAUUACAUGUGAAGCCUUUUCACAAUAUUGUGAAUUUUUUGGAUCAUCGGAAGUUGAAAGAACGAUAGUGGCAAUGGCAGAGGCGGAGGAGAGAAGAUGGAAGUGGUUUUGGGUAGCUGUGGUGGCUGGCGUGGGCGUUCGUGUGCUGUUAAUAAUGGGCGGCCUCCCGCAAAUGCUUCUAUCUCGUCCUGAAGUCGCCACCCCACUCACCAGUCUCCGCAGAUUGGCAGAGGGACAAUGGUUGAAGCAGUUAGCUAUGUCUCCUUAUGCAGGUUCUAUGUAUCAUGCAUCGCCUUUACUGCUUCAGAUUCUUGGGCCAUUAACAGUCAGCAUAACAGGAGGACAAACAAAGGAGCUUCUUUGCAGUCUUAUUUUUGUUUUUGCAGAUCUUUUGGGUGCUCUGCUAUUGCGUCACAUUGGAUAUAUUCUUCAGUUAACACAUAUGAGAAGCUUAACAUCAUUGGAUUUGUCAAAAUCUGUUCAAAUGCAAGGAAAUUUAGUAGCUGGAGAUGUUGCAGCUCUUGUAUAUCUGUGGAAUCCUUUGGCCAUUGCCAGCUGUGCUGGUGCAUCAGUGUCGUCCAUUGAAAAUUUAAUGAUUCUUAUGGCUCUUUAUGGAGCAUCUACAAGCAAUGCUCCAUUGGCCGCUUUUGGAUGGGCAAUGUCAACUCACUUGGCACUUUAUCCUGGAUUGCUGUUCAUUCCGGUUAUAUACCUUUUGGGCUAUGGUCCAGAUACUCCUCCAAGAAAGUUGUUCAGAGAUUUGAAACAAUUGGUUGAAUCUACUGUGGAUGGUGCAGCCAACUCAAGGCCAAUCUCUGGGAAGGAUGAGUCUGAAAAUAUUCAAGCUGGAUUCUGUCAAUAUAAUUUCUCAUGGAAACCUGUAAGACACUUCAUUUUGUGGUCUGCUAUAUGGUGGAUGUACAUUCUGGGACUCUGCAGCAUUUCCCUUAGACAGCAUGGUGGCUUGAAAGAAAUGUUUAAAGAGACAUAUGGUUUCAUCUUAACUGUUGAAGAUCUGUCUCCAAAUUUAGGUGUAUUUUGGUACUUUUUCACAGAAAUCUUUGACUUCUUUAGAGUUUUCUUCCUUUUGGUCUUCCAUGCAUGUGUUUUGUUCAUGGUGACGCCAUUGACAAUACGCCUCAGCCACCGACCAUGUUUCCUUGCUUUUGUCUUUGUUGCCAUCACUUCCAUGCUUAAAGCUUAUCCUUCAGUUGGCGACUCUGCACUUUACAUUGGUCUCCUUGCUCUUUUCAUACAUGAACUUGCAGGAAUGCGCUUUUCCUUCUUCCUUUUGAAUGGGUUUGUCGGAAUAGCUCUCUUAAGUGCAGUAAUGUACAACCUUUGGAUUUGGAGGGGUACUGGAAAUGCAAAUUUCUAUUUUGCCACAGCUUUGGCCUAUUCCAGUUUUCAGCUGAUUUUGAUUGUGGAAAGUGUUGGUACAAUACUACGUUAUGAUCGAUCUUUACGGAAAGUACUCAAUACAAAGACAUUGGGUGAAUAUAAUGAUUGAUCUUUAUAAGAAGUCCUCAAUACAUAGACCUCGGGUGAGCAUGUUUCUGAUGGCACAGUUACAAGUGGGCAUACUCACAAGUUGGUAAUAGAACUCUGCUGAUUUGAAUUGCUCUCACUAUUUUGCCUUCACGACACAAUGCCAAGUUUUGUGUAGAAAUUUGGUGAUAUUCUUUACCUUUUCUUUGUUGGAAAAGGAAAAUGCUAAAUUGCCAACAAAAGUUGUUUAAUGUUUCAACAUUCAUCUCAAUUAUAUUUGCAACUGAAAGUGCGACCGAUGUAAGAUCAAGGUGGGAUUUCUUCGAGCUUAAUGACUUUGUCCACAAGUAGUUUGUUGGGCUAUUUCAGUGGCAAGACUGAUUGUAUCUUUUGCUAAUGCCAAGGACAAUUUUUUCGUAUUCUUGAUAACUGGCAUUUAGCAUUAUUCAUACACAAACUUCUUAAUAGUUGUAUAAUUCAAUAAUGUAAUGGAUGUUCUAUUGGUCUUC